AUGCUACGCGUGCGAAAUUCGAAGGCGUCGGCAGUUUUGAAAAAAAGGAUUGGGACGCUCUAUUGGGCCAUUGCCAGGUAUGAUGCCAAAUACAUCUUCUCAAAUUAUAAAAGACUUCCUGGAAACGGAAAGCUUACUUGCCUCCAGGCUACGACCGACGCUCCCGGUUGCGUCUUUAUUCCUGAGCUCGUAGCGGCUUAUCCGGAUGCUAAGGUUGUGCUGAACAAGAGAGAUGUUGAUAAAUGGUAUACUUCUGUUCUCGACACUAUUCACAAGGCCCAUAUUGCCAACAGGGAACUGGGUAUCCAAGGGAAGCGAGUGGAGAUGCUCAAUCUGCUAUGGGGACAUUUGUUUCACGGCGAUUUCCGCAAGAAUGGAAAGGAGGUCUGGGAACAGCACUACCAGAUGGUCCGUGACUUAGUUCCAGCGGACAACUUACUCGAGUUCGAGGCGAAGGAUGGAUGGGAGCCUCUCUGCAAGUUCUUGGGCGUGCCUGUCCCUGAUGUUCCUUACCCGAGGGUGAACGAUACAAGUAACUUCUGGGAGAGGUAUGAGAAAGGAACCGGCGCAAGCCUGGAGAAAGUCAACGAGAUUGUAGCCAAGGUAGAGUGCGGCCGUGCUUAG